GAUGGUUUUAAAUCUGUAUCCUCCUAUUCCUAUAGGCUAUAUAUACAAACAUACAUGGAUCUUGGCUUGUCUCCUCAUUUUAGCCUUCACUCCCAGGUGCGCACGUUAGCCACCGCAUUUCCCUUCAAAAUGGCUCCCAACAUACUAAUGUUUAGCGUCCUCAUCUGCAUUGGAGUCGCCGCCGUCAGCGCCCAAUCGCCGGCCAAUUCUCCUACUGCCACCCCUGCUCCGCCCACUCCCACCGCUAGUCCAACACCACCGCCAGCCUCCGCGCCUGCUGCUACUCCGGUCGCCGCUCCUCCUCCACCGGCUGCACCUACGCCGGCUCCGGUUGCUUCCCCUCCAGCUUCGGUUCCAGCUCCGGCUCCAUCACCAUCGCAAACAAGCCCUCCGGCUCCGCCAACGGGAGCUCCGGGACCUAGUAUCCCAGGGCUCUCCCCGGCUCCAUCCGCCACAGAUCAGAGCGGAGCAAAUACAGUGCAGAUGAUCUAUGGCGGCGCUCUUUUUGGGUGGGCUUUGAUGUUUUUGUUGGCUUAGAUUACUCUGUUUGGGCCUUUUCCCGUGUUUGCAUUUGCAGCCCAUAUUUAUAUAUUAUUGUAAUUUUAUGUAUUUGCUGGUAUUUAGGUGAUAGCAUUGUUUGUUGAGAUUUUUGGAUGUACCUUUGAUUUUAUAUAUUGAUUUGUUGGAUUCUUUUUUA